GCAACAAUAUCAGCAUGCUCUCCUAGUAAACAAUAGUCCUGGGAUAGCCCGAUCCCUUAUAAUAAAAUAGGGCAUCGUAUCUUGCAAUUCACUCCGUUCUUUUCUAACAUCAUCACACAUGCAUUCACCCCCUGUAACUUCAUCACGUCUAUCUGCACCAAGACCCUUCCCUCCUCCAUCUCUCACUGAUGUCCCUCAUGAAUAUAUCGUCGACCAGCUCAGGACUCUCGCGUCUCACUACUGGGAUAGACCGCAGACCGCAGACUGUACAAUCAUCGUACCUGUCCCGCAUCAUCGACCAUGUCCAGCAUAUGAUUCCCCGCUCACUUCGUCAAACUCUUCCCCAGAGCCUUUACCGAGGGUUCAGGUAGACACUGGAAGAGAACCUACUAUUCACGCCGUGCCUCGAAUGAAACUAAGAUUGCAUAUGGACUACCUCUCUUCGCACUCGACGUUACUACGAGGUCUCUUCAGCGGUGCAUCACCCAAUGAUCUCAUUCACGCUGGCACCACGCAACCCCGACAUCCUCCGCUGCAUGUCCCGGAAAGCCGUCUUCCUUCUCUUCUUCCUUCUCCGCCGUCCCAUCCUGUUCUAUUUCUUCCCGUUCCUGAUCCAUCCUCGAUACAUCUUAUCUUUCACUGGAUGUACUUUGGGCAGACAGCACUUAUGGAAGACUGUCUAAAUCGGGGUGUCGUGCACUGGGAGGGGAUCGCGCGUAACGUGGAGUACUUGGGGCUUCCCACAGACAUCAAAGUGUUCCUGGGGCGGUGGUACAGGAAUUGGCUUCUUCCGGCACAUAGCCGAGGCGGCUGUCCAACUUAUUCGCCCACAGAUGAUGACGAUUCUGACAUUGAGCUGGAACUCGAUGAUGAUGAUGAUGACGACGACGAGGACGAGACAGAUGACGAAGACUACUCAAUGGUGAUGUCAUACAGGGAGGAUGUAGAUGCUAUGGCAGAGUUUGAACGAGGGCGGACACGAACGAUUCGGCCCUUGACGCGGCUAUGCGGGAAGUUACAGAUGUGUGGAGUAUGACAAGAAUAUUUACGAAUAGUUCAUUGUAUUUCAUAAUGGUUUGUCAUUCAUCAUGGGCGAUGUUUGUUUGGUCUAUCUUUAUUCAUUCUUGUGAUACCCCCAUUUUCCGGACUAAGUUCAAUUGUGGCGCCCCGCACAACGCGUGUU